AUGACGAUACCUCUUUACGUCGCUGGCGUUGCCGUCUUGGGCUUCUACCUCUACAGGCUUCUAUAUGGCACUGACAAGCCACACAUCAAGGGCCUUCCGGAAGUACCUGGUCUGCCUUUGUUUGGGAGCUUGGUCGAACUCGGCACGAAUCAUGCAAAGGUAGCACAGGGAUGGGCGAAGAAGUACGGUCCUGUGUUUCAGGUGCGGAUGGGCAACAGAAGAAUUGUCUUUGCGAACUCAUUCGACUCGGUCCGUCAUCUCUGGAUCACCCACCAGUCAGCCCUCAUCUCGCGUCCUACACUUCACACCUUCCACACAGUGGUCUCUUCCUCCCAGGGCUUCACCAUUGGUACCUCCCCAUGGGACGAGUCUCUCAAGAACAGACGCAAAGCUGCUGGCACGGCGCUCAAUCGACCAGCUGUACAAUCCUACAUGCCUCUGAUCGAUCUCGAAUCCACCGUUUCCAUCAGAGAACUCUUAAACGACAGCAAGGGCGGGGAGCUAGACAUCGACCCGCGAGCCUACUGGCAGCGCUACGCCCUGAACACAAGCUUGACCCUGAACUACGGCUUCCGAAUUGACGGCGACAAGGAUGCGCCACUACUCAAAGAAAUCUGCGACGUGGAGCGAGGGGUAGGAAACUUCCGAUCCACAAGCAACAAUUGGCAAGACUACGUCCCACUACUCCGUCUCUUCCCCAGUCAGAGCAACGAAGCGAAGAAGUUCAGAGACCGCCGAGAUGUGUACAUGAACAAACUUCUCGACACGCUGCUGGAGAAGAUAGAAAAGGGCACUGACAAACCAUGCAAUCUGAUAAUGGGCAUCGCGCAACUCGCCACGCCCUCGGGCCAAUCCAUCCAACGCCGCGCCCACGCCGAGAUCCUCAAAGUGUACCCCAACAACGACGCCUGGCACAAAUGUCUCGAGGAAGAAAAAAUCCCCUACAUCACCGCGCUGUACAAGGAAAUCCUGCGCUACUGGACCGUCAUCCCCAUCUCCCUGCCGCGCCAAAGCAUAAAGGACAUUGAAUACAACGGCGUGACUUUCCCAGCGGGGACUACGUUCUACAUGAACGCGUACGCUGCCGAUUACGACGACACGCACUUCUCCGACCCCUACACAUUUAACCCCGAGCGCUACCUUGACGUGCCCGAUGGCACGGGCACGCCGCAUUACGGGUACGGCGCGGGGAGUCGCAUGUGCAUUGGGAGUCAUUUGGCGAACCGCGAGCUGUACACGGCGUUUGUGAGGCUGAUUAGUGCGUUUGAGUUUACGGAGCCGGUGGAUGAGAGGGACAAGCCGAUUAUGGAUUGUUUGGAGGCGAAUGCGAUUCCGACGAGUUUGACGCUCGAGCCCAAGUACUUCAAGGUCGGGUUUAAGCCGAGAGAUAGGGCGUUGUUGGAGAAGUGGUUGGGGGAGAGUGAGGAGAGGACGAGGGAGUUGAAGGGGAUGGGGAAAUGA